ACAGCUCUGCUGGGGCUCUUCUGUUCAGCCUGCUUCUUUCUGAAGGGAGCCUGGAGUUUGUGAUCUGAGAUGCAUAGAGUCUCCCAGCUGAUCACCCCUCGGGCUAAUAGGGACCUGCAGAGAGCCUGGGAGAAAACCUACCAAGACCACAGGAAAAAGGUCCAGAGUGCCCAGCCACUAGUGGACACCCACCCACCACGGACUUACGGCCACCUCCAUCUGAAGCUCAAGAAGCUGAAGAUGGAGGAAGAAAGACUCUCCAUCAUCGACAGAGAGAACCGCCUGCUUCUGCGGAGGGUAGCCUCUGCCAUGAGAACCAGGGGGCAGAUGGACAGCAGCAAUAACGUCACAUACAGAAGCCUAAACAGGAGGACUAGAGAACAGAAGUAUAUGAAAGCACAGAAACAAAACAAAGUCAUCCUGGAAAGACUCCGAAGCUCAGAACCCAGCUGUGGAGCCCAGAGAUGGUGGGAGGACCGGGCUGCCGUGGCCAGAUGUCCCCGCAAAUGCAGACGCACCCAGAGAAAAGAGCAUUGGCAUUUGCUACUAUAGAAAGUGAGACACUAACAGCAUGGAAAUGAUUGAUUAUUAAGCAGUGUCCCUUCUCAGACAUCUUAGAAGUGAUCACUGGAGCCAUCUGUGCGUAUUUUUAUUUAUUAUGUUUGUUCACGCAGACAUGUUUUCUAUAAACUGCCCAUUUCAGUCAAUCACAUUUCAUAGAAAUCAUUCAAUGCCAGCACAUAAGGGUCUUUUCUAUCCCCCUUUUUAGCAGUUAGUAUUUUUGUACAUAUAUACCUUAUUCAUAUAGUCCCCAAGUUACAAAAAAUCUGAUUCUUUUCAUUAUUCUAACUGAAACUGUGAUAAUCACCAUAGUGCAUGCGUAUCUGUAACUUUAAUUUCGAGAUUAAAACUGUUCAAUUGAACGAUGGACCCAGUAGACAUCACUAACUUACUGUCUAGAACAUUCUAGGUGCUGCUCUCCAUUCUGGGGACAGAGCUUUGUGUCUCUCAUACUCUAGCUGACAAUGGAUGGUAGACAGUGUUUAAAAUUUUUGGACUAUGAAUUUCUGUUCAUAUCCUUUCAUCUAGUUCCCGUGGAUGUUUCUUUAAGUUAUUAUCAAUAUUUCAGUACUUACCUUUUUUUCUAGUGUUAUUGACACAAGUAUUCCCUGUCCCAUGCUGAACAUUUCCCCUAGGCUUAUAUUUUAGUAGUAAAAUCUGCCAAGUUUUUCUCUAUGACUUCUCUUUAGUAUUCUAAGAGUGUGACAGUGCUCUCCCAUAUUUUGUCUUUUGCUUUUUUGUUCUGUUUGUUUGUUUUCAAGACAGGGUUUCUCUGUCAUGGCUGUCCUGGAACUCACUCUGUAGACCAGGCUGGCCUGGAACUCACAGAGAUCCAUCCGCCUGCCUCUGCCACCCAAGUGCUGGAAUAACAGGCAUGCAUACUCUCCCUGGCUUCAAAGUUCAUUUUUUCCAAAUAUAUUGGAAGUUAAAAGAAAAUAAUGUUGGGUGGUGGUGGCAGCUUUAAUCCCAGCACUCAAAAGGAAGAUGCAGGUGGAUCUCUGUGAAUUUGAGGUCUACCGGCUAAGUUCUAGGAUAGUCAGAACCACACAGAGAAACCCUGUCUCGAAAAACCAAAAAUUAAUUAAUUUUUAAAAGCCCACUUAAAAAAUUAGAUUGCUACAUUUUCCAGCCUUUAUUUAAGUCUUAUUCUUGACGUUUCUGUGUUGGCUUUAUCUAAGGUAGCCUUUAAGGACAAAGAUGAAGUUUGUAUUUUAGCGGAAUCCAGAGCUUUUACUUAGUAAAUACUGCGUUUGCUCUCAUUUCUGGUUCUCGGAGGUAACGGGUCUUUGUUUGCUUGGACUGUCUCAGACUGUUUCGCUCUCCCCACUUUAUGGAAAAGGAAGUGAAAAGGUGACCGGAAAAGAAGAUGCAGAGGUAGAGACAAAAGGGAAGGCUGUUCUGCUUGGAACCACCCACAGCACGCGCUCCAUGUAGGAUGUCGCCAGCCUUGCAGGGGCUCCUGGGGCCACUUCUUAAGGGCAACCCCCAUGUCCUGUCCGACACUCAGCUCUGGGCCUACGGGGACUUUGUCAGUGGCUCUGGACCUUUCCUCUUCGUGAAAGGCAGGAAACAGCUGCGGCUGCCUUAGCCUGUGGUCUGGAGGCAGCUUCCUUCCGGGAGCCUUUCGGUCCAUAAUAGGCAUUUCCAGGACCUUCUCUCUGUGUGUCCCCGGAGAGAGUGAGGAAUCUAGGGCUCCAGGGCCGCAGACACCUUAGCCCUAAGCCUCUUCCCAGUUCUGGGGCGCCUAGCUCUUAGGUGACUUCGCUUUUUUCCCAUUUAUUUAUUUGUUUUUUAUGUAUUUAUUUUGGUUUUGGUUUUGUUUGGUUUGAGUCAGGGUCUUACCCUGUAGUCCUGGCUGGCUUGGAACUUAGUAGACCAGGCGACCUUUGAAGUCACAGAGAUCUGCCUACCUUCGUUUCUCAAGUGCUAGGAUUAAAGGCCUCAUCCGAUAGAUGUCCCAGUUUUUUAUAGCAGUAAAAUAAAAUACCAUAUAAGUAAAAUUGUUCUCUGAAAACGGUAGGUGUAAAAGAGGAAAGGACUCCGUUUUAUAGGAUUAGAAACCCAAAAUGCACCCUUCUGGCUGGCUAGCUUGAUCUGAACUCCUGUUGGCCCUCUAUAAACUGGACCUAUCAAGAGCCUCUCAUAGGCGUGCUGGAGAAGACCACCCUCUCCCAGCCAAGGCAUCAACUUCUCCCUCAGACCUGCUUGCUUCCUAACUCCAGUGGAGCAAACACUGUGCUAUUAGGAAGAAGAUAUCUAUGAGCUCAUCCAGUAAAAACCAUUGGCCAUCCUUCCUGGGGCCUGGGUUAGUGGAAGCACACAGCCUCUACAAUACACACACACACGCACGCACACGCACACUCAUAAUGAGAAAACUAAACAAAUGAACCACCCCUGCGUGGUGGAGCAGUAGACACGCUCCAAGUUCUUCAAGCCAUCUCCCGGCAACAAAACAUUUUAACUUCCACCCUUCUUCACCACGUGCUUCUAUCACGAGUCAAAACUGGGGUGCAGAUGACACCUAGAAACCAGCAGCCGGUUUGCUGACUCGGUGCAAGCAAAGACUCCACAGAGAAACCAUCAUCUGGCUACACAAGCAUCCAGGGAAGAUGUGUGGUGGCCAGUGUGCGCAUGAAAAGAUGUCCAGUGUUGCUGGAGAAGUAGGAGUCAAUACCACAGUGAGACGCCCUUCACACUUGCUAUACUGGCUGACGUGGCAGGUGACAGCACGUGCUUGGGAGGUGUGUGGAGAAACUGCAAGACGCAGCAGUGACGCACUUACCUUGACAGCACUUUGCUGGUUAGUGCGGAAAAAAAUGAGACAGCAGUUCCACACCUAAGGAGAAAGGAGAAUUGGAGCCACAAAUACACAUGAAACUAUACACGCAUAACUGUGUCUGGAACAGCAUUAUUAACAAUAGCCAAGUGUCUAUAACCUGAUGAGUGAACAAAUAAAAUGAGGUCUAUCUGCACAAUAGAAUACUAUUUUGCCAUAAAAACAAUGAGUGCCACAUCAUGGAGCUUAAAGACAUUGGUGAAAGAGGCCAAUGCAGAGUGGAGCGUGUGUGAAAUGCCCGGCAGGCAAAUCCCAGUGGCGAAAAGACUGGUGGUCAUUUGGAAAUAGGGAGGGGAAACUGGGGGGAAAUACUUGUGGAAUAUGGUUUGGGGAGAGUUGGUGAUUAAAAUGUUUCCAAAUUCCACUGUAAUUAUAGCUGUACAUACAUUAAUAUAUCCAAACCUCUAAGGUAUCCACUUUAAAAGGUGGCUUUUAGAUAUACAGUUACUAUAUUUCAGUCAAGUCAUUAAAAAAAAACACAAAGAUAGGAGCCAGCACGGUGGCACACACUGGGAGGUGGAGGGUAGGAUCUGGACUUAAAGGAUAGCCUCAACUACAUAGGAGGUUCAGGGGCGGCCUGGUCUACGCCAGGCCUUGUCUCAACAAACAAACAAAAAGCCAGACACAGCAACAAAAGACUAUCUAGGACAUUCUAAAUAAAAGAUUGUCAGUUGAAGUGUUCCACCCCCCCCCAUGCAUUCUAGAGGACUGGCAUGUUUUCCUGCCUUGCCUAAGGAAGAUGACUGUUGUAGCAUUUUUGG